CGCCGUUCGCCGCCCCAGCAGAGUCUCCGCUCGCCGCCUCCUUUCCUCCUUUCCUCCUGCCUGCCUACCUGUCAUGGUGACCCGCGGAGCUCGGCGGCGCCGGAAGGGCAGCAAGGGCAGCAAGGACCAUGCCGGCCUGGGCGGGGGCACGACCUCGGCCUCGGACCAGCGGCAGGAGCCCGGGAGCGAUAUAUAUGGAAACAGAGCAGGACAAGUCUGGGCGCCGGAAGGAUCUACUGCUUUCAAAUGCCUGCUCUCUGCAAGAUUGUGUGCCGCUCUCCUUAGCAACAUCUCUGACUGUGAUGAAAUAUUCAACUACUGGGAACCAACACAUUACCUCAUCUAUGGAAAGGGGUUUCAGACUUGGGAGUAUUCUCCAGCCUAUGCCAUUCGCUCCUAUGCUUACUUGUUGCUGCAUGCCUGGCCAGCUGCUUUCCAUGCAAGAUUUCUACAAACGAGCAAGAUUCUUGUUUUUUACUUUGUACGGUGUCUCCUGGCUUUUGUGAGCUGUGUGAGUGAACUUUACUUUUACAAAUCUGUGUGUAAGAAGUUUGGGCUGCAUGUGAGUCGAGUGAUGCUCGCUUUCUUGGUUCUCAGCACUGGCAUGUUUUGUUCUUCAUCCGCAUUUCUUCCCAGUAGCUUCUGCAUGUAUACUACAUUGAUUGCCAUGACAGGCUGGUACAUGGAGAAGACUUCUGUGGCCGUGCUAGGAGUAGCAGCUGGAGCUAUCAUGGGCUGGCCCUUCAGUGCAGUACUCGGCUUACCUAUUGCCUUUGAUUUACUGGUCCUGAAACAAAGGUGGAAGAGUUUCUUUUUCUGGUCAUUGGUGGCCCUCAUCCUUUUCCUGGUGCCAGUGGUGGUCAUUGACAGCUACUACUAUGGGAAACUGGUGAUUGCACCGCUCAACAUUGUUUUGUAUAAUGUAUUUACUCCUCAUGGCCCUGAUCUUUAUGGCACAGAACCCUGGUACUUCUAUUUCAUUAAUGGAUUUCUGAAUUUUAAUGUAGCCUUUUCCUUGGCUCUGUUUGUCUUGCCACUGACAUGCCUUAUGGAAUACCAGCUGCAGAGCUUUCAUGUUCAGAAUUUAGGCCACCCAUAUUGGCUUACCUUGGCUCCAAUGUAUAUCUGGUUUGUGAUUUUCUUCAUCCAGCCUCACAAAGAAGAAAGAUUUCUCUUUCCUGUGUAUCCACUUAUAUGUCUCUGUGGUGCUGUGGCUCUUUCUGCACUUCAGAAAUGCUACCACUUCAGGUUUCAACGAUACCGCCUUGAACAUUAUACUGUCACAUCCAAUUGGUUGGCACUAGGAACCAUCUUCCUCUUUGGGCUCUUAUCCUUUUCUCGCUCUGUGGCCCUCUUCAGAGGAUAUCAUGGGCCCCUGGAUUUGUAUCCAGAAUUUUACCGAAUUGCGACUGACCCAACUAUCCACACUGUCCCAGAAGGCAGACCUGUGAAUGUGUGUGUGGGCAAAGAGUGGUAUCGGUUUCCCAGCAGCUUCCUUCUGCCAGAUAAUUGGCAGCUUCAGUUCAUUCCAUCAGAGUUCAGGGGCCAGCUACCAAAACCUUUUGCUGAGGGAUCACUGGCCACCCGAAUUGUUCCUACAGACAUGAAUGACCAGAACCUGGAGGAGCCAUCCAGAUAUAUCAACAUCAGCAAAUGCAAUUAUUUAGUGGACUUGGACACCAUGAGAGAAGCACCCCGGGAACCAAAAUACUCAGCCAACAGCGAAGAGUGGAUCAGCUUGGCCCACAGACCAUUCCUUGAUGCUUCUAGAUCUUCUAAGCUGCUGCGGGCAUUCUAUGUUCCCUUCUUGUCAGAACGGUAUACGGUGUAUACAAAUUACACCAUUCUCAAACCCCGGAAAGCAAACCCAAGCAGGAAGAAGACAGGAUGACCCAGCAGACCACCAUGUGGAUACCCAGUUCUGCUAUGGACAUGAUUCCCUCCAACUCAUCAUUUGUAAUCUGUGUAAUAAAGGCCUCUGACAUGAAUACUGAAA